AUGAUAGAGCCGCGGCGAGAGAACGGCGAGUUGUCCUGUUGGAAACUUCUUAAGAAGGCUAAGAUCUAUGUUGAUGAUGGCGGCACCAACGCUUGGAGAGAGACCUGGCACGACUCGAAGGUCAUAAUGAGCAACCCGAUGCUGGACCCAGCGUUCGAGAAGCACGUCCAGGACUACCUGUGCUCAGAGUCCUAUGACUUCGUCAAGGAGGUCGGUGCAACCAAGCCAUGA